AUGUUUAAUUAGUAAUACAGUUUGGAUUAAAGCAAUUCUUAACAUUCCUCUUAACAAUCAUAAACAUUUUUGGCAGUUCCUCGUUUAAUUUAAUAAGAGAUUCAAGCAUAUCAAGCUGGUGUAUAGAAGCAUGUUAAUUUUGAAGACCCUAAUCUAUUAUAAAAGAGUGAACAUAAAGAGAGUUUAGAGGAAGGUGAAAUCUUUGGUUCUAGAUUGUCAAUGGAUAGAGGAGGGUUUAAUAAAAUUGAUGAAGUAGAAGAAAAUUAUAAAUCCUUAAAGUUAUUUCAAAUAGAAAUGCAAAAUAUAAAUGGUAGAAAGCUCAUUUCAAAAAAUAGUAGAAAAUUUAGUGAUUAAAGUGAUAUGGGUUUACGUAAACACAGUGAACAAUUAAGAAAAGCUUCAUCAUCAUAUUUUCCUAAUCCUUCUCCUAAAUUUAAAGUUUAAGGAAGUCCACUUUUACCUAAAGGAGACUUAUUCUCCAUUCCAAGAUGGCCUAAAAGAUGGUUUUACAUUAUUAAAUUUUUGAGCAAAAUUAUGUGUGUUUAACCAAACAUUCUAAAAUAAUCACAUUUAAUGCUAAUUGAUGAUAAGGCUAAUAUUAUUGUUCAGAAUUGUUUUAUCUUUAAUCCUUACACACCAAAGAUUUUGUGGACUCGUUAUAUCAUUCAUAUAAUCUAUAUGUUAGGAUUUAUAAUAAUCUUCUGGGAAUUUGCUUUCAAUGAAUCCUAAGAGUUUUUCUUAGCUUUUUGUAAUUGAUAUCAAUUUAUUAAAGUUUGCUUCUCAAUCUUUGAGAGUUUUAGUAACUAUUUUAUUGGAGUGUACAUAGACGAAAUGUAUACAGAGAAUAGAUGGAGGAUUGCUCAAUAAUACAUAUACCAAGAUCUUUUAUAUCUAAUAAGUUGCCUUCUUAAAUAAUUUGCGUCUGAUUAUUUUAGUAAGAUUUACUAAUAGUUUUUUAUUAGUUUUGUUAUUAUUAUUGAGAGUUCAAAGAAUAUACAUGAUUAAUACUAAAUUAACAUACUAUUAUCUGCCAAUCUUAGUAAUACAUUCAUUUUCAACAUUAUAUUCUAAACUUUGUGAAGAUUAGUAAAUUUAUGUGCAUAAUUAGAUUUUCAGAAAGUAAUAUUUCAAUCUAUAUAACUUCAUUUCAAUGGACAAUAUUUUAAUUGACUAAUAGUGGAAAUCCAUUUGAUAAUUAUAUAGAUAUUAAUGGAUCCACAAAUAUACCUUAAAGAAUACUUUCAAUUAUUGCUACGAUUGUUGGGUAUUUAGUUACAAUAUAUCUAAUAAAAUAAUUGUUAUAAUAUAAGCCUCAAUAGAAAUACAAGAUUAGUGCUUAACUUAGUUAGAAUUUAUAGAGAUAUUAAAAUAGAACAAAAUUAGAACCUAUUGAUUUAAGUGAAUUAAGACCUGAUUUAUAAUAUCAAAUGAGAUAAGAAUUAUUUAUGCCAUUAUUGUAGCAUUUACCAUUUACUAAAGUAUUUUUAGAAGCCUUAUCUCAAAAAUUAUAAACAUAGACUUAUCCUCAUGGAACAAUAUUACAUCAAUAAUAUUAAGUUAUGAAUAAAUUGUUCUUUUUAAUGAAGGGAAACUUUGCUUAAUGUAUUGGUAAUAAAGUUUUAAUGAAAAACUAAUUUCCUAUAUAAUAUUUCUAUCGUUAAAUUCAAUGUCCUUUGAGUCUUAAGUGUUUAAGUGAAUCACUUAUAGCUCAUGUUGAUAUUAAUGAUUUUUUAUAGUUGAUUAAAAUGCACAAUCAAGAUUUCUAAUAAUUCUGUAUGUUAAGAGAACAUACUAAAGAAGUUUGUCCUUGUUGUGGAUAUAGAAAUCAUACAUUUAAUAAAUGCAAACAUGUUUUUUAUGUUCCUAAUUUCAAAGAACUCAUUCUUAUUCACAAUACAUCUGAACCAAAUGAUAGAGUAAACUAUUAUAGAGAUAAUGGCAGAAAUAGAAUUAAUUCUUUAUUAAAUAAGAAUCUUAUAUGCAUUACAGCCAUUAGUUUUGCUAUUACUAAUAAAAUAUCUUCAGAAACAGAUUUAACUAACGAAGUCAUGGGAAGAUUGUAAGGAAGCACUAAUAACUUUGAAGAUUCUAUUUUAAAUGACUUUUAAGAUGAAAAAUCAUCUCGUUAUUCAUUGUAUCAAAAACAUGGAACUGUUGAAGUUCCUAAAACUAUUAAUUCACCUUAAAAUACCUUUAGUAGUUAGACUCAUCAAUAAAGUAGUAUGCCUCCUAUUAAAUUAGAAGAAAAAGAAUCCUCUCAUAAUAGUAGGAAAUUUGUACAUAAACAUGUAGAUUAUUCUCAUACUUAAAAUUCGAUUAAAGUAAAUUUGGUUAAAUCUACUAAUUCUAAUGAAUUAUAAGUUAAACGAACUUAAAAAAAUAGAUAAACAAGUUCGUCAAGUUCGUUAAAUAAAAAGAUGCAAUCGACAAGUAUCAUGUAGUAGCCUAAAUCAUAAACAGGUUCUAUAAUACCAAAGUAAGAAGAAAAUGAGGAUAAUUUGGAUUAAGUAUGUAGUUAUGAAUAUUAUUAUCCUUCUUAUAAUAUCGAAAAUAUUGCAAAUGCUUUAAAUCAUAAAUUAAUGAACAAAAGCAUAUCAUUUGUUAAUUGA